AUGGGUGCGCCCACGUCGCGGAAUCUUCAGUGGAAUGAAGAGGAGCUGCUGGACGCACCGAUAUCUCCAUUUCAUAGUCUGGAUACGCAAGAUGAAGGCCAUUGGCCUUUCCCCGAUACUCAGCCCGUGAAAUGGAGACUAUUGCGGGAUCUACGCAGUCCAGGGCUUCUCCCAGAAAUCUACAGAUGGGAACCAAGUCGAGAUGCUCGCUUCCUCGCUAUACGUGACAUUGCAGUCUCUGAAGAUAUAUCACGGACAAAGCCGGACGAUUCAGUGCUAUCGCAGUUCUACAACCAUUCCUUUACCGUUCAUGAAACCUCGGAGAUCUCGACCCCGGGCUUUCACUCUGGAGAUACCAUGCGAAGUAGCAGUUUAUCGGCUGGGACCUCUUUUGCGACAAGCAGCGAGAGGGACGGGCCAACACCAGGGUUACCAAUCCAGGGGCCCCUCACCGAUCUCCGGGAUAUCCCCACUGCGACAUAUCUGAAUUCGAUCGUGCCACAGACGAUGACGGUGAAUCUGAUUGUGGCGAUUAUCGCCAUCCACCCUCCCAGGCGGGUGGUAACGCGGCAAUGGAAGCAAGAAUUGGAUCUGGUUGAGGUGGUGGUUGGGGAUGAUACAAGAAGUGGGUUUGGGGUUACGUUCUGGCUUCCUCCCGUGAAUCAUGCGGUCAUGGCUGGGGAAGGUGACGACGAAGGAGAUGCGCUGGGAGUGUCGUUGGCAACGCUGCGUCCACGGGACAUUGUUCUGAUGCGGAUGGUAGGACUGAGCUCCUUCCGGGAACGGGUAUACGGGCAGAGUUUGAGGAAAGGGGUCACGAAGGUUAACCUGCUGCACCGCCAGCGGGUCGACGUAACCGAAGCAGGAGGGCUCUACAGUGCGAAGCAACUCCGGGAUAUUCAUCAGGACCCUGCAGCCAAGCGUGAGGAAGAUCUACUACCGCUGAUGAAGGUGAGCAAGGUGCGCGAGUGGAUCAGGAGAUUUGUAUUAAAUCCGGUAGGCGGUGAAGGGGGCCGGGGGCCUUUUACACGUGGCUUGGCUGGGAAGGGCCAUUCACUGCCCCCAGACACGCAGGAGUGA